AUGGCGGUUGGAAAGAACAAGAGACUCUCCAAGGGCAAGAAGGGCCUCAAGAAGAAGACGGUCGACCCCUUCUCCCGAAAGGACUGGUACUCAAUCAAGGCCCCUAACCCCUUCAACGUUCGAGAUGUCGGCAAGACCCUCGUGAACCGAACCACCGGUCUCAAGAACGCCAACGACGCUCUCAAGGGCCGUAUCCUCGAGGUCUCCCUCGCCGAUCUCCAGAAGGAUGAGGACCACUCUUUCCGCAAGGUCCGCCUCCGCGUCGACGAGGUCCAGGGCAAGAACUGCUUGACUGCUUUCCACGGCCUCGACUUCACCUCCGACAAGCUCCGAUCCCUGGUGCGAAAGUGGCAGACCCUCAUUGAGGCCAACGUCACUGUCAAGACUACCGACGACUACCUCAUCCGCCUCUUCGCCAUCGCUUUCACCAAGCGACGACCCAACCAGGUCAAGAAGACCACCUACGCUGCCUCUUCUCAGAUUCGUGCCAUCCGACGCAAGAUGACCGACAUCAUCCAGCGUGAGGCCUCAAGCUGCACCCUCACCCAGCUUACCUCCAAGCUCAUUCCCGAGGUCAUUGGCCGCGAGAUUGAGAAGUCCACCCAGGGCAUCUACCCUCUCCAGAACGUCCACAUCCGAAAGGUUAAGCUGCUCAAGGCCCCCAAGUUCGAUCUUGGUGCCUUGAUGGCUCUGCACGGCGAGUCUGGCACUGAUGACCAGGGCCAGAAGGUUGAGCGGGAGUUCAAGGAGCGUGUCCUUGAGGAGGUUUAA